GUCUCCGUCCUGCUGGUCACUGUCGUGCGAGCCGAUGGCUCCCCGCGGUCCCGCCACUUCGGAACGAGCUUCGACGACUCCGCGAGCUAGCCAUCUCGUCUUGUGAGUCAGCCCUGGGAAGCUCGCCUGGUCGACUCCGGAGAGAUGCCGUCGGGCUGGAGCGAACUGGCGCUCCAAUGCGUCAGCGGUGGCGGCAUCUGCUCGGUGACGGAAGGCAUGGAGAACCUGCGCGCCCAGAACCCCACCGUCUCAUCCCCCGCCAGCAUCCGCAUCAAGAACAUGCCACGGAACGCCGAGACCGGGACGCGGUUCCCCAAGCUUGGAGAAUGUGCCCACUUCCACUACGACAUGAUGGACCUGGGGGUAGUCCAGAUGUCGCUGGUGGAAUGGAGCGCCGCCGGGCGGGGCCACGACGAGGCGGACAAGGAGAAUCGCGAGCAACCCGCCAACCAGCAGCAGCAGCAGCCCUCGCAGACUCAGCUGCAACAGCAACAGACUCAGCAGCAGUUGCAGCAACAGGCCAGCAACGAGAGCUGCUGCAGCGGUGGCAGUACGGCUCCUGCUGCGACCUGGUGGGCGGUCCAGGUGACGAGCCGCGAGCGUAGCUGGACGCUGCGGCGCUCCUACGACAACUUCCGGUUGCUGGAUGAGCAGCUGCACCGGUGCGUCUACGACCGGCAGCACUCGCGCCUCCCGGAGCUGCCGGAACCCGCCGACCUGCCGCAGGAGCCACAGGAUCGAGAGGUGUUGGUGCGCGAGCUUCUGUCGGACUACCUGUGCCGCUUCUCGUGCCUGGUGGGCAACCUGGUGAGCUGCGGCUCGGUGCUCAACUGGCUGGAGCUCGACAACCGCGGUCACCGGCUGCUGGUGACGGACGAGUCGGCCAUCAACACGCCCGCCGUGGCCGCCGCCUACGUGACGCGCAGCUACGCAGCCCAGGCGCCCGAUGAGAUCUCCUUCCAGGUUGGAGACAUGGUAUCAGUGAUUGACAUGCCCCCGGCAGAUGAAUCGAUGUGGUGGCGUGGAAAACGAGGCUUUGAGGUUGGCUUCUUCCCAAGUGAGUGUGUGCAAGUGAUCGGCGACAAAAUUCCUCACAACCUGAAGAUUCCCACAAAGCCAGUGUUGCGGAAGCAUGGCAAGUUGAUUGCCUUCUUCCGGUCGUUCCUCUUGUCGCGGCCCUCGCGGAGGAAACUCAAGCAAAGUGGGAUCUUGAGGGAGCGGGUCUUUGGCUGUGAUCUUGGCGAGCACCUCACCAACACUGGCAGAGAUGUGCCCUUGGUGCUGUCAAGUUGUGCCAAAUUCAUUGAACAGUUUGGGAUCGUGGAUGGCAUUUAUAGGUUGUCUGGCGUGACAUCCAACAUCCAGAGGCUAAGGGUAACCUUUGAUGAAGACAGAGUGCCAGACUUGAACGAGGAGGAGAUUCGUCAAGACAUACACUGCGUGGCCUCUCUGCUGAAGAUGUACUUUCGAGAACUGCCUAACCCACUACUUACGUACCAGCUAUAUGACAAGUUUGUUGCGGCCAUGCAGCUUCAAGGCAACAACCAGCUUCUGCGCAUCCGGGAGGUGGUGAAGGAACUGCCACCACCCCACUACCGCACGCUAGAGACACUGGUUCGCCACCUGGCCGUGGUGGCCGCUCAUGGAGACCGCACGGGCAUGACGGCCAAGAACGUCGCCAUCGUCUGGGCACCCAACCUGCUCAGGUCCAAGGAUCUGGAGGUGGCAAGUGUUGGUGCCCUGCACGUGAUAGGUGUCCAGGCGGUGCUGACCGAGUACCUCAUCUGCUAUGUCGAUCUCAUCUUUAACGACAAGAUGCCAACAUACCCAAGCAGCCCCGAAUCUGUAGAGAGCACUCCUAGAAGAGGCAGCAGGCCUAAGUCUCUGGCCAUCUCCACCCCAACCAAGCUGCUUUCGCUAGAAGAGGCCCGUUCACGAGCACUGUCCUCAAACCUGCCUGGAAACCCACAGCAAAAGUACAUUGAUGUUGGCGGUGGACCGGACAGUCUGCCAGCAAAGUACCACACAGUCAUUGAUCUACCCCACGGGAAACGAGGCAGUGGAAAACUGAAAAAGUCCCCGCUGGGAUGGAAAUCGUUCUUUGCGCGUGGCUGGCACUCUGGAAGCACCAGGGAAAAAGACAAGCAUGGGCCAGGCCUGCGAAAAGCCAGCACCGGAUCGCUACCUCACCACCAGAGCCUGCCGAUACAGGACAAAGCACUUACAGAGGCUGACCUCGCACACAGUGCAUCCAAGCAGCUUAGGAGCGUUAAGAGUGCAGAGUCUCUCAUCUCUAGUGGUGGGCACUCAGGCCGAAACUCUGAUGUCUUAGACUCCUGCAAUUCAUCUUCAGAUGCCUCAAGAGUGCAGCCGUUUCAGUGGCUUCCAGAAGCCACCCCUGCUUCCUCACCGAAUGGUCCACACAAGCACGUGCGCUCUGUUUCACAUGACUCUUACUUUGAGCGGGGCGGCCUGGACAUGUCCCUGGAUGAUGUACAUGCCACGUUUGGACUCGGUUCUCAAUAUGGCGGUGCUCGAGUUGACAGGGUAGCAAACAGCCAGACUGCCCCACCAGUUGGCGCACACAAGUCACCUCGUAAGCAGAAGCUUUGUUCCGACAGUGGUGACGGCGCCAGCCCCAAGGUGCAACGGCUCAGCGAUUGUUCACAGGCCCCAACAUUCCACUCUAGUCAGGAAGCCACUGUAGAAUCCACGUGUACCAACAUGGACACGGCUCCUUCUGGCCACCAUGCCUCCUCUCAUCCCAGCUUCCAACAUUUGCGACAGCUUCCGACGAACAGGCAGCGGACUGUUCGACAGCGAUCGAGUCGCUCCUUGACCUCCUACACGAGCCGACAACCAAUGGCUGUACACAGCCCUGACGAUAUUGAACCAUACACGUCUCCAUCUCCACAAGAAUUCUCACAGCCACCAGGCCACUUUGGAAAUGUUGACGUUCCCCCACCUAACCUCGGCAAUGAAAAGAUGGUCCUGGUAGAGGUUCAUUCUGUCGAAGAAGGUGGCGACUCAACCCAAGAAAUUAUUGGCGGUGGACUUGUCUUUCAUCGCCCUUUUGUUGAAGAUGUGGGUGAGACGGACGGUCGGUGCGAGAGCACAGGUGGUUCAACCGACUUCGACGAAUCCGAAAGCAACUUGGGGACAAGUUUGUCCCUUGCCGAGGACAUAGCAACUUCGCUCAAAAUGAGCUGCUGCCAGUUUGACACUGACUUCCUGGUUGGUGACACUCGUGCGGCAAGCCUCGAAACAAGCUUUCUUAACCGUAUGAGUGCUUCGCUUCCGUACAUUGAAGACACUGACACAUCAGCAUCACCCUUGUCGUCACCUUGUGCUGGAUGCGAGCUGCUUCCUCAAGACAUGUCAACCACAAGAUCAACACCAUCGCCAGUCGAUGUGCAGCAGAGCGAUGCUUGUGACGUCAACAGCAGUGACCACAUGAGCUCGUCCUUAGUGGCGGCUUCAGUUGUGGACGAGAGUCUCGAAACCCCUGUGUCUGUGAUGCCAGAGGACGAUGGCCUUCGGACGUUUUCGGACAGUGAACUGCAUGGCCUGUGUGAAGGUGUUGACAUGGUUCAGAGAGUCGAGGCCUUAAACAGCAGCGUUGUUCCUGCUGGUGAAGGGGGUGAUGGACAGAGUUCCUCUUCAGAUGACGAGGAGGAUAACGAGGAAGCUAUGCCAUACUCUUACUUAGAUGAAAGCCCGUUGUUGAGUGAUGCUUGUGGUGGCAUGCUGCAUUCUCAAAGCCAGGAUCAGAACCUUUGUCUUCUCUACUCCUCAGGAGCCUACAGCUGUUGAGGAGGGGAGAGAGGUUCUACGUCCAGCUGACAUGAGUGAUAUGGCCCACGAAAUGCUGGCCUCAUCUGAAGAAUGCAGGAUGCAGGUAGAGCCUUGCGUUAUGGAACCAGCACCAAUGUUAUGCGACACUGGUGCAGACACAGGGGGGCAAGCAGAGCCUGGGAAUAUGGUAGACACACUAUUAGAUUUUAGUAGCGACUGCACUGAAGGACCAAAAAAUAUAUGUGAUCAGGGCUCACCUGACAAUGGAAAGAAUUCUCUACUUAAUUCUAGUCCUGAAAUAUCACUUAAUUCUACUUUCUUACCUGGCCAGUGACCUUGUGGAAGGCGCUAAUGUGGAAAGUGCCACUGCCUAUGAUUUGUCGAAGCACAUCAGUACCACUGACAUUGACAAGACUAAUUCAUUUAAUCAAGGAACUGUAGCCUCUGAAGAAUUAGCUCUGGAACUUCAGCGCAAUGAAUGUGACAGGGGUAAUAACAAACGGGAAGUAGCACCGCUUGAUCCUGUUAGUAAGGUGAACUGUUGAUUUCACUGCAUCAAAUGAGUCAAAACAACUCAUUGAC